CACAAACACUUCACCACCGACUCGCCCUGACGAUGUCGCGCGCUCCUCUGCUCGUCUUGCUAACCCUCUGCGCCGCCGGCGCGGCGGCGGCCGCUGCCGUGCCAAGGUACCGCGAGGCGCCGCACUUCACAAACUCGGCGGCGGCGCAGUGCCCCCCGCCGCUGCCGGCGUCGGACGCGGACGCGGCGUGCUCGCCGCACGCGGUGGUGCACGUGGCCAUGACGCUGGACACGUCGUACCUGCGCGGCACCAUGGCCGCGGUGGUCUCCGUGCUGCGCCACGCGUCCUGCCCGGAGUCCAUCCACUUUCACUUCAUCGCCUCCGCCUCCGCGGGGGCGGCGGAGCUGAGGGACACGGUGCGCGCGUCGUUCCCGUCGCUGGCGUUCCGGGUGUACCCGUUCGCCGACGAGGCCCGCGUGGCGGGGCUCAUCUCCACCUCCAUCCGCGGCGCGCUCGACCGGCCGCUCAACUACGCACGGUCCUACCUCGCCUCCACGCUGCCGGCAUGCGUGCACCGCGUCGUGUACCUCGACUCCGACGUCGUGCUCACCGACGACAUCGCGACGCUCGCGGCGACCCCCCUCCCGGGGGAGGCCGCAGUGGCGGCGCCCGAGUACUGCGGCGCCAACUUCACAGCCUACUUCACGCCGGGGUUCUGGGCGUCCCUCGCGCUCUCCUCGACGUUCGCGGACCGGCGCGCCUGCUACUUCAACACGGGCGUGAUGGUGCUCGACCUGGCAAGAUGGCGGCGGGCCGGGUACACGUCCCAGAUCGAGGAGUGGAUGGAGCUGCAGAAGCGGGUGCGCAUCUACCAGCUGGGCUCGCUGCCGCCGUUCCUGCUCGUGUUUGCGGGGCGGAUCGCUGCGGUGGACCACCGCUGGAACCAGCACGGCCUCGGCGGGGACAACUACCGGGGACUCUGCCGCGGCCUGCACGCCGGCGCCGUCAGCCUGCUGCACUGGAGCGGCAAAGGGAAGCCAUGGGACCGGCUCGACGCCGGGCGGCCGUGCCCGCUCGAUGCCGUCUGGGCAAAGUACGACAUGCUCCGGCCGGCCGCCGGCAUCGAGAGCUCGUGAUGACACGCCGUUCGAUCGAGCGUUCUUUUUUGAUCGGCUUAAUUAGAAGCAAGUGCUCUUCGUUCUUUCGUUGAUCUAGAUAUUGAUAGAUCAUCAGGGUGCUCAUGUGAACUGUACAUAGUGCUUACUUGAGUAACAUCAACUAAUCAGUCUUUUUUAUCUUCAGCAAA